GCUCAAAUGUUGGAUUAUGUGGUCGCAUAUUAUACUUUGAAUAAGUCUCUUACGCUGAUGACACAAUGCCCCUCUUUGCUCCAGUUUCCCUCACUUGUUAUGUUGGAGUCUUGCCAGCAGAGGGCGCAACUGUUUUCAGACAAACCCUCAUCAAAAAAAAAAAGCAUCCACAGUAUCUACUUUGAACCUCUGUGUAAAGCUGGCCUUGCUCAAUUGAGUUUUCGAUUUGUUUUGAUGCUAUCACUGAGGCAGAGCAGACAAAAGGCAGCAAUUUGCUCUACAUCAUUUCAUAUUCCUCCAGCAUAUAGCUUCUCAGCUUGAUAAGGUGUCUUAAAGCAAGUCACAGCAAUUGAUAUUGAAAAUAUCUCUGUCUUAUCUCCACCUUUGAAAGACAUUCUGAAAAUGUGAUUUCACCAAGUGGGACUGAAGUUGCUUUGAAAGUGAGACAUCUGGGGACUUUUAAUCCACUGAGAAACACUGAAAUUCAUUAAACAUCAAAGCUGCUGCCAAUUCUUUUAUGGAAGAAGUCGUCUCUUCACAGGUCUGUGUGUAACUUCCUCUCAAAUCUGAAGCAGGAUCUCACUCCUGCUGGAGGCAAGUUUCCUCUGUCUUUUAAAUACCCUUCACUCAUGCACUCUGGAACAUCAUGUGGGUCACAGUUAGUUAUCCAAGAGGACACUGGCCCUGUUUUUUAAGAGAUCCUUUCAAGAAGUCACAUGGCUUGGGAAGAGUCUUGAGGACAGAAAUGCAUCAUCAUCAGCCACCGACCACGAGAUCACAGCAGAAGAAACAGGAGGAAUUCAACAAAGAGGAUUUCUGAAGCGUCCGCCCACCCCUUUUCUCUGUCUCCCUCCAUCUCCCUCUCUGGGUUGGAUGUUGAGGCUUGUGCUGAGUAACUCUUUUGUUCACCAAAGCAUCUCUCACAUUGCUACAUGCCUGACUGGAGACAGUACCCACUAGCACCUAGUUUAUAUCAAGACAGAGAGUGUUUACUCCCUCAGCUGAGGAGAAUGGGAAGUUGGAAGCAAGUGGGAAAGGAUGGUUUGUCUGUAGCUGAUCUGUAACAAAUACCUCCAGCAUUCUUCUACCUACUUAUUCCUUGGAGUACAUUUCUAGCAUGCUUCAUGCUAAGAAGUAAAUGAGCCAGGGGGAUUUUCAUUGAUACCUCCAGUCCAAAGGGCUUGAAACUCGAGAGCUGCGAACGGUAACCUGAGCUCCGCAGACAUGACUUUCCGUAGGCCAGCUGCCCACCUACGAAGAGCACCGAGCUGGAGGAAGUCUGGAGAUGAGUCCUCCUGGGAGAGCUGGAUAUCAGAAGGGGAGGUUUUGCCACAAGUUUCUCACCCACCUCGUGCACCCAGACCCCAGAGUGCCAUCGAAGGUGGGAACCUAGACGGCUGGUUGGAGCACCUCCAGAGGAUGCAGAGCGGCUUCCUCAUAGCCCCAGUUCACAAUCCUGUUCCUGCUUUCAACGAUCGGACGACUUCCAUGCCAGUACUCGGGAAAGAGACGACCGGACGUGCUUGGAUUCCGUCCUUCAGCAAGGGUUCAUCUUCAUGCGGGAGUCAGAGUUUGUGUGAGAGUUCACUGGGCAGUCAGGAGUCCCUCCAAACUGGGUUUUUUUCCCGUCCGGAGCGUAGAGGAAGCUGGGAGAGAGCUCAUAUCAUGCAGGCCCCAAAGAAGGAACAGGCUCAUCUCAGUUCUAUUGCUCCAGUUAAAAUUGGUUGGCUGCCGAUACAAAGAAGAGUGGUGGUGACUGAUUCUCGCAACCAGAAUCAACUUUGGGACCCCUCUGCAAGCCAGGUAAAAUUGAAACAACCCAUCACUCCAACAUUUCAGAAGAAUCGAGGAGCAGCCAUCCAUCCUAACGAUGGAGAGUUGGAGAGAAGUCACAGCAGCGGCCCUGACACUCGGGGUGUGAAGACGUGGCAGACACCUGAUCAAGGCUCUCAAAUAUUUAAGCAGGUGCCAGAAAAACAAAGCUCUCCAGCAAACGAAGGCGACAGACCAGUAGGCUGGACGGCUCUGAGGAGAGGCUGGAAUACCAAUAGAGGUUCAGCUUUCCCUGGAGGCAGUCACUCCACCGAGACCAGCUUGGACCCCAGUGGGAAGUCCCGUCUGAUGAAAACAAGCAGCAUAGAGCACCUAAAGCACACUCCUCUGCAUCAAAUUACCGUUGCUGAUUUCUGCAAACCACCAACUCUGCUUCAGGCGACAAGCAGUACAGAUACUUACAAGUCAUACACUCCUUUGCAUAGGACGAGUAGUGUUCAGCCCUUAAAGGCGACAGCCCCACUUUGCAGAACGAACAGUAGCUCUAGUGUGACUACAAUUGUCCCUCAGAGCAAAGCAAGCUUCUCCUCCAUCACUAUCUCUUCCAGGAAGGUGUGCAGAUCGUCAAGUUUGCCGGGUUCGGAUACCUGCGAGAACUCACGUCUGUCGCGCGAAUCAUCUUCUCCGUCCCGCUCCGACAAGUCCAUGGACCCCAACUCGAGGCAAGUAACUGUGCAGAGGAAGGCCACAAUAGUUAAAGUCACAGAACAAAGGAUGGUUUCAGGCCCUGUCACAAACACGAACAAUGCAAAGACACCGCCUGAUAGCCAGGCUUUGGACACAGUCGUCCGAAGAAGAAAGGCUACGAUCAUUAAAGUGACAGAGCACAGGGAGAGCUACACUCCAGCCAAAGCGGUGGCAAGUAAUCCAGAGUAUAGACACAGCUACACAGAGGGAUCCUACAAAGGAAACAGCAUAUUGAAUCAGGGAAAGCAUUCAGAACUCAAUGCUGCACCUUCCCACUCCCAUCAAGAUUCCACCAAAGGGCCAAACUCUAAAGUAUCACCAAAUCCAUCCACUUUAGAACAAGAGGAACACAAUGGAGCUCUACACAGAUCCACUCUGAGUCUGUUUGUGAGCAACCCCCUUGCUCUAGCAUCACCCGCUCCCUCUGAGGUUUCUCCCAGGGCUGUUGGACACAGAUCGGACAGGCCGCAAAGACCACAGAGCUGCUACGGCAAUGUGUUUGGACACUCCGCACCAAGCAACAAUGAUGUGACACAACCAGUUGCCAGGAAAUGGAGCUUUGGGCUUCCACUGGAGACCGAAAUCAACCCCACAAAAUCGGACAGUGGUGGUUUCGUCAGCCCUCGGACGGCGGCGGCGAAAGAACCAGGUCAGCUAGAGGCGGACACAUUCAAGCCAAAUGGAAGCGAGAAAGACGAAAGACUGCCGCCAGAGAAUGCAUCGAGGAGAGCGUCCCCCUGUCUAACUCUCAUCAAGGCCCCUGAUCCUGACUCAAAUCAGUCUCCAGAGGAAGUGCUUGCCCUCAAUGCAGCUGCCAUCAUAGCAAAUAUCAAACUCCAAAGACAACUCAGUAAGAAGAAGACUCCGAAUGGAAAUUCUGAGAAGGACUCGACUGCAUCACCUCAGGGAAAUACGGUGACAGAUAAGGGGACAUGUAUGAAGCCACAUCUAGAUCAAAGCCCAGUCCAGGAUCAUGAACAGCCUCACGCUGGGUCUGCUCCAACAAGUCCGGAACCUGAAAAGUCCCCUGAAACUAUUUCUCUACAGGAAGCACUACAGAGGUCCAGACCAGGCUUCAUCAGUCGCUCCCAGGACAGGAUACAAAAACUGGAGCGGAGGGCACAGGAGAGGAAGGAGCAGGCCGUUUCAAGAGGCCCACAGUCAGAUGCUGCUCCAAGGCAGAGGAGAGUCCGCAUUUCCCGAACCAUCUCUCAUAACGAUAACCUUUUGAAACCCAGAGAUAAAGCCAUUGCUGGGAAAGAGAUGCAGCUCCGAUCUAAGCGAACACCUGCAGAGGUGAAGAAGAAGAAAGAGGAAGAGAAGAAGAGAGAGGUGCUUUUGACCAACAAACAGCGAGUUGAACUUUUUAAAAAGAAACUGUUGGAUCAGAUUCUUCAUAGGAACACCCGCUGACUGACAGACACCAGAUGAAGCUGACGACAUUGUAACAGAUGGAAAAAGUGAACUUUGACCUUUUGAUAGUGCCUUAUAUGAACUGAAACAUCCUGCCUGCAGAUGUCUGGUCAGACUCCUUUGUUUCUCCCAUGUACAAGCAUCUAAGUUACAGAGCACAACAUCUGUUUUUCUUAAAAAAAAAAAAAAAAAUCCAGGGCAAUCUUUCAAGAACUCAGAAGGAUAUUCAACAACACUUAGCCAAGGUUUUUCCAGAAUCAAAGACUUCUGUGCCCAUCUGAAGGAAAACAAAAAAUCUGAUACCCUUGGGAAAAAGGUUUCCUGAGGAUUAAAGAAGUUUUGUUGGAUGACCUUCUGGGUUUCUGAAAGAUUGCUGUAGACUUGUCUUUUUUUUUUUUCUAGACUUGAAAAACAGCUGCUUAUCUCCGGGACUCAGAUGUCCUCACUGCCCUUGUGGUGUGCAAUUACAAACGAAGAUGGUCAAAGAGAGUGUACUGAAUGAAAUCAACAUCCUGCUUUUGUUGUAAUCUUACGUCAAAUCAAGCCACAUAAACGCAUCUGACCCUUUUGAUGCAACAUUGCAAACCGGUAAUGCAUCCUGUUUUUACUGCGUUAUCUUGUUUGGACUUGAUUGCAAAUUGCCUUUCUUUCCAUAAUGAGAUACAGAGUAACCCCUCGCUGCACGACACCGCACUGAUGUCCUCACGCAGUCACUUCCACAUGAUCUCAUGUGAUGUGAAGCAGUGAUAGAAGACAGAAUCAUUCAUUAUGCUUCACGGGGACUCAUCCAGGACAGCCCUCAACCAGUCCUCAUUAUACAAGCAGGAAGAAGAAUCCUGAAGAGGGCUCUGCCAUCAUCCUCUGCCAGCUAUUAGCUGUAAGAUGGAGGAAUGUGACCUCUUCUCACUGGAAAUGCCCCGUUAAUGGACAGGGUGGAUUUUGAAUGGAGCUUUUGUCUCUGUCUUUGUCUAUGAUGGACUGCAGGCUGUCAUUGCAGAUUUAGAUUUGUGUGGCCUGAUCGUCAGAGUGGAACUUUAAAUUGAGAUGGAACCAGGCGUAAAUCAAAAGUGAGAUGCGUGAAUGUUUAUUUUUGGAACAAAAGACAACAGAGCAGUGAUUGUUGUCACCAUUCAUAACUGUUUAUUUUUUUACUUAUUAGCCUUUAAUUUGGAGUUAGUUCGGAGUCCAGCUGUUACACCAUCCAUCUGAAUUUACACUGAUGUUUUGGAGUUGACCAAUGAUUGCUUAAAACCUCAUCUCAAGUUAGUGCACAUGAGCAGUAUGUGUGGUUUUUAUGGUUUGAUAUUUUUUUGAAUGUUAUGAAUGGUCAAUAAUUCCUACUUUCCUUCUUAAAUUCAUCAUUUUUGAAAGAUAAAGUAAAAUAAAACAUUGUGACAUUACUUAGAAAUUGUUCUUCUCCUCAUCAGACUCCACUAAGAUGGAUAAGCAUUGAAAUGUAACAAAAGAUAACGAAAAAAUGGAUAUUGUUUCUGCAAUAUUUUUUGUGUUUUAUAGUCAACUUGUGAUAAGAAAUGUUACAUUUUCCCCACUAAUGUGAAAUUUUCCCUUCAGUCUCUUAAGAUAAGCAGGGGUGUGAGCAGAGGGGUGGCAUGGGCCCCCUUUGAAAAGUGAUAGGCCACCCCAGACGCCUCUCCAAACUCCUAAACUUUGAUUGGCUAUUCGUAUUGCCAGAGGCAGGAUCUAUGUUGAAAUAAAGUAUUUGCACUGUGUUGCAACA